AUGCCCCCACCACCUCAGUCGAUCGGAGAUGGCGGUGUCCUCCAGAAGAUGAAGAUGGGAGCUGUGAUGGGAGGAUCUGUUGGUCUGACCAUCGGGUUCAUCUUCGGUAGUUUCAGCAUCUUGAAGGGCGGACCAGGACCUCGAGGAGCGUUGGCGACUUUGUCGCAGUACAUGCUGUCUUCAGCAGCUACAUUCGGCUUCUUCAUGUCCAUCGGUUCCGUCAUCCGUACCGACUCUCCCUACUCUCUCAACGACGCUGCCUUUGUCACUACCGGAGCUACCACAUCAGCCUACUCGCACAUGCUCGCUCGCCGUUAUCGAGUGUUGGAGAGCGUCAGGGGCCGACGGGCUAACAACCCUAUCGAAGUCGAGGUCAAGGCUCUAUGA